CAUCGCUGGCUGAGGUAAACUCAUUCAGUCCUUCCAUGCCAAUAUCCCCCUCAUCAAUGAUAAACCAGUAUAAAUUUGAAGAUGAACCGGAAUUAAGAGAUCUCUUCAUUACAGUCGAUGAUCCUGAAAGCCACAUUACAGCCAUUGAAACAUUUAUUACAUACAGAGUAGUCACAAAGACAUCUCGUGGUGAAUUUGACUCCAGUGAAUAUGAAGUUCGAAGACGAUAUCAGGAUUUCCUUUGGUUGAAGAGCAAACUUGAAGAAGCACAUCCGACACUGAUUAUUCCUCCAUUGCCUGAAAAAUUCAUAAUGAAAGGAAUGGUGGAACGAUUUAGUGAUGAAUUCAUUGAGACUCGAAGAAAAGCUUUACAUAAAUUUUUGAACCGCAUUGCUGAUCAUCCAACUUUAACCUUUAACGAAGACUUCAAAAUUUUUCUUACUGCACAAGCCUGGGAACUCUCCUCACACAAGAAGCAAGGUCCUGGUUUGCUGAGCAGGAUGGGACAGACCGUCAGAGCUGUAGCAUCCUCCGUAAGAGGAGGAGUUAAAAAUCGUCCUGAAACGUUUACAGAAAUGAACGAUUACAUAGAAACAUUUAGUCAGAAAAUAAACGUACUAGACAAAAUAGCUCAUAGAAUUUACAAGGAAGAAAGGGAGUAUUUUAAUGAAAUGAAGGAAUACGGCCCCAUCCACACACUCUGGUCAGCAUCGGAAGAAGAUAUAGCAGACUCCCUCAAAGGUGUUGCCAGCUGCAUCGACAAGUGUUGCAAGGCUACGGAGAAGCGAAUGGCAGGGCUCUCGGAAAACCUGCUGCCGAUUUUACAUGAAUACGUUCUCUACAGUGAAAUUCUGAUGGGUGUUUUGAAAAGGAGAGACCAAAUUCAAGGCGAGCUCGACUCCAGAGUUGAUGCUUUAGCCAAUAAAAAGACAGAAAAGGAUCUGUUCUCAGAAGAGAUCGGGAAACUUGAAGACAAAGUCGAAUGUGCCAAUAAUGCUCUGAAGGCGGAUUGGGACAGGUGGAAGCAAAACAUGCAGUGUGAUAUGAGAUCAACGUUCACUAACGUGGCUGAGAAUAAUCUCCGUUAUUAUGAAGAGUGCCUUGCUACGUGGGAGUCCUUCCUAGCAUCUCAAAGAGUGUAUCUUCAUGUGGAAGAAGAUUCUGAAGAUACGCCUUGAGUAAUCUCUCUGCUCGAUCUCUGCCUUUUCCAUGCAGUUUCUCCCAACCAAAGAAGUGCUUUAUACGAGAUCAGAUACAUUAUUAAAUUCAACUGUUAAAAAAAUCAGUGAAAUGCAGGAAACCAGCUUAUUGAAAACUCAGGUAUUCUAGUCCUGAAAUACAUUUUGGAACAUGCUAUAUAUUGCUUUAUAUUGCUUAGCUGUGAUUUUACAUAUUUUUAUGCAAGUGUUUGCAUACAGUUGUAUUCAUAAAUAUUGCAUAAUUUGGAUAUAAAGUAUUUUAAAUAUGUAAAAAUAGCUCCAUUUUAAUAAAAAGUUUAAUAA